AUGCUCAUUUGCGGGGCGAUGCUGCCCAACCUGAAUAUUUCCCGUGUCGCUGCGUCUCAACCCAAUAUCUGGGACAUGACGCACCCAUCUCCCCGGUUUCAACUUCAAAGUGGUAGAGUCGUUGAAAUCGGGCAAAUGACGCACGAUGCCUGCCUGUCAUAUCGUUACGCGCUCAAGUUACUCUUGAGUCUCAAGCAACGAUCAGGACCCUUUAUCUUUCCGGCCUGCAGAGUGAGUUGCCUGGACAAGCACGGUGUGGAGGAGCCCCUCUCGGUCUAUGAAUCGGUCUAUGCUCUCAGAAGACCUAUAGAUGUCCACCGGUCAUAUCUGGCAGCCACCGCCCCGUCUCUUCUCCUUCUCGACUGUGAUCCCAAACUUACCUACGAGGCUAUACAGAGUGCCAUCACCAAAGACAAUGGGGACUUGGCACUCAUCUUACCGAAACUAGAGCUCAAGGUGGACAAGCCCAAGCAGAUCGCCUUUGAGUCAUUGAAAAAGGGGUUGGACUGA